AUGAUGAAAGAUCGAUACGCCAAUUAUGUUGUUGGACGCAUUCUAAAUCACGAUGAGCGAGAAAUGCCCGAGGUGAAGGUUGUUAGGAGACUUAUCGAGGACAAUGUUGAGGCAAGUAUCUUCUCGGUUUUGAAAAAGUUUACUUAUGGAUGGUAUAUGAUCGAGAAAUUGCAGCGAGCUGGUCGGAUCAACGUGCCCGGUCUUGGCAAGGCUCCACCCAAGAAUGGUCUCUCUAUUCCGAAUAACCGCAGACGCGCCAGUUCGAGUGCAUAUAGCGCUUCUUGCACUGACGCUAGUUUUUCGGGGAACACCAGGGGAAGACGUUCUAGUGUGGCGAGUCCUAAUGUUGGUACAAGGGCAUGA